AUGCCGGCACUUCACGCGCCACCUUCAUUGAUAAGGUCACUCCUCUACGUUCCCUCUCCCUCCCUCUCUCUCAGUCUUCGCACACUUCCACUAUUUCGCGUCACCAAGCUUCGCUGCUUCAACUGCAGCCAGAGCUCAGUCCGUACAGUCACAGCCAUGUCCUUGCCUAAUGCCACCUCCGGCGACUCGUCGCCUGACCACGUUGCCGGGAAGUGGUUUUCGGUGCCGGAGCUCCGACUUCGUGACCAUCGAUUCACUGUGCCUCUCGACUACUCCGUCGGUCUUCAGGCUUCGUCUAAGAUCUCAAUCUUCGCCCGCGAAGUUGUUUCAGUUGGUAAAGAAGAACAACCACUGCCAUACCUAUUAUAUCUACAAGGUGGACCUGGAUUUGAGGCCCCUCGACCAACCGAAGCCAGUGGAUGGAUACGUAAAGCAUGUGAAGAAUUUCGUGUUAUAUUGAUGGAUCAGCGAGGAACAGGUUUAUCAACUCCUUUGACAGCUUCAUCUAUGUCGCAACUGAAGUCUGAAGUGGAUCUGGCUGAUUACUUAAAACAUUUCCGAGCUGAUAAUAUAGUAAAUGAUGCAGAGUUUAUUCGAGUACGUCUUGUACCUGAUGCUGGGCCUUGGACAAUUUUGGGUCAGAGCUUUGGUGGUUUUUGUGCAGUAACCUAUUUAAGUUUUGCACCACAAGGACUAAAACAAGUCCUUUUAACUGGAGGAAUCCCUCCUAUAGGAAAUGGAUGCACUGCAGAUGCCGUGUAUAAAGCAUGCUUUGAACAGAUUAUACAUCAGAAUGAGAAGUACUACCAAAGGUAUCCUCAAGAUAUUGAGGUUGUUCGUGAAGUUGUUAACUAUUUGUCAAAAUCCGAGGGAGGAGGGGUCCAGCUUCCAUCUGGAGGCUUCCUAACCCCAAAAGGAUUGCAGAUUCUUGGUCUUACUGGCUUGGGAUCCAGUGCUGGUUUUGAGCGCUUACACUACAUGUUUGAGAGGGCCUGGGAUCCUAUAAUAGUUCCAGGAGCAUCAAAGGAAAUCAGUUAUUACUUCUUGGAUGCUUUUGACAAGUGGUCAUCUUUUGACACAAAUCCACUUUAUGCUCUUCUUCAUGAAUCCAUAUACUGUCAGGGUGGUUCAUCACGGUGGGCUGCUCAAAGAAUAAGGGUGGAAAAUGAGGGCAAAUUUGAUGCAAUCCGGGCUGCAAAAGAAGGUCGUCCCGUAUUUUUCACAGGAGAGAUGAUCUUUCCAUGGAUGUUUGAUGAGAUUCAUGCCUUAAGGAAAUUCAAAGGUGCUGCUCAUAUAUUGGCUGAGAAGAAGGAUUGGCCUCCACUAUAUGACAUCACUGCACUAAAUAAUAACAAGGUACCUGUUGCAGCUGCUGUUUACUAUGAAGACAUGUUUGUAAACUUCAAGCUGGUCAUGGAAACAGCGUCUCAGAUAGCCGGGAUUCGGUUGUGGAUAACUAACGAAUUCAUGCAUUCUGGUCUGCGUGAUGCAGGGAGCCAGGUUUUUGAUCAUUUGAUGGGAAUGUUAGACGGAAAGAAGCCUUUGUUCUAA